CGGCUACAGCUGUCUGCCACAGCGCCUCGAGAUUCCCUCGGUCCCCUUACACGCUCUCCACGCGCCAACAACUUUUCCGGGUUUCAGGGCGACUUUAAUCCAACGCGUAGAAUGAAUCACAGGAAUCGUCCAUCCAACGGUGGAGAUCUGCUCACCUCGCUCUAUAAAUAGGUGCAUUCUGAGGGCGCAACUGUUCACUCCAAAGGAACGAAAAUCUCUCCUGAGUUCCAGCCCCUCUCUCCCAACUCUUCAGCUUUCCUCUUCUUUCAAAACUCAAAACAUUUCUUCUUCGAUUCAAUCCUUCUCUUCUGAUCUUCUCUCCCAUCUAGUUGAUUCAAUCCCAUCUUUCCUCUGAACUUUCAGAUCUCCAACCCACCAUCAUCAUCCUUAAUCCCUUUAACAACAACUCCUUCAAACACUCGACAACUUUACUCUUCGAUCUUCACAUCCCCUCAACCCAUCACCAUGGAACCACGAACUCUGCAACUGAUGGAGCUACAAACCCAGCAACAAAUCGAGGAUGGAGGAAACAACCAAGCAGCCGGGAGUAGUGCCAACACAGAUUUCUGGCGAAGCCGUGCCAGGUGGGUUCCUACUCCAGAUCAAAUAAGGAUCCUCAAGGAUCUUUACUACGACAAGGGAGUUAAGUGCCCAACUACAGAGCACAUUCACGAGAUCUGUCUCCAGCUGAACCAGUAUGGACAUGUUGAGGGCAAGAACAUUUAUUUUUGGUUCCAGAAUGUCAGGGCUCGAGAGAAGCAGAUGAAGAGGUGCAAUCAGGCUGCUCAAGUGCCCAUGGGAACUAGUUCUCCUGGUACUGGUGGAUCCAUUGAUCUCAAUUUUGGGUCCACUGGUUCUACUGGUGCUGGUGGAUCCAUCGACAUCAAUUUUGGGCCAGCUGGUGGAUCCAUUGACAUCAAUUUUGGGUCCACUAGUUCUACUGGUGCUGGUGGAUCCAUUGAUCUCAAUUUUGGUUCCACUGCUUCUACUGGAGGACAAUCUUCCAUGGAACAACGAGGAGGAGUUCGCCAGGAGUUUGAAACUCUUCUUCUGUUCCCCGUGCACGGCGAGGACGUCUAUGGUAACCCGAAGACUACUUCCGAGGAAGGUAGCGCAUAUGAUUACUAUUUCGGUGGCUCAGGCGGUUACAACCGUGGAUCUCCAGUUUCUCUUGAGCUCAGCCUCAACCCAUCCGGAGCUACUGAUUAGGCUUAGUAUAGCGUAGUGCCAAUUUCCUUUUUG